GGCCAGGCGCGCUCUCUCUCUCUGUGUGGGUGAAUUGGUCAGGUCUGUUUGUCUAAGUGGAUCACCGCACCCUUGCAAACUAGACGAUUACUAAUUCAGCACUGACUGCAUAAUUGGACGGAAAGGGAAACACCAACGCUUUUCAGGCUCUGUAUAAAAGUGAAGAACACUGCAGGUGAAGGAAAACAGAGUGUAUAUUAGAUGAGUGUGAUGACUUCAAUAGACAACAAAUGAGAUGGCAACAUAUCUGUCCUUACUGCUGCUGUUUGUGUGGGUCUCCACGAGCUCUUCAAAUCCACGUAGUUGUGGGGGUCGUUGUGGAGAAGGCUAUUACAGAGGAAGUAUCUGCCAGUGUGACUAUGAUUGUCUGGGCCUGAAUGAGUGCUGUACAGACUUUCAGGUUUUGUGCACUUCAAAGGACUCAUGCAAAGGACGCUGCGGAGAGCCUUUUAAUAGAGGCAACCCGUGUCACUGUGAUAUCGACUGUGUCUCGUAUAAUCAGUGCUGCCCUGAUUAUGAGAGUAUGUGCUUGACAGAAGAUUCUGCCUUAAAGCCAAGAAACACUGCCAGCGCAGCUCAAAGGAUCGCUAACUUAUGCCUAAACAUAAAGAAUAAAAAGUCUACAGAAUCCUCCAAUGAGGACAUGACCAAUUUGGAAGGAACCGGAGAUGAGUUUACAGUCCCUGAGUAUGAAAUUGAGCCCACACCUUCAGAGGCCCAUGAUGUCCCAGCAGAGAUUUUGCCUGAAGGACCUUACACACUUACAAGCCCAGAGCCCGCAGAAGAUCCAAGAAACCAAACUCCUGCAGAAGAUCCAAACCAAACACCAGCAGAAAAUCCAACAAGCCCAGUGCCAGCAGAAGAUCCAAAAAGCCCAGUGUCAGUAGAAGAUCCAACAAGCCCAGUGCCACCAGAAGAUCCAACCAACCAAACACCAUCAGAAAAUCCAACAAGCCCAGUGCCAGCAGAUGAUCCAAAAAGCCCAGUGUCAGUAGAAGAUCCAACAAGCCCAGUGCCACCAGAAGAUCCAACAAACCAAACAUCAGCAGAAAAUCCAACAAGCCCAGUGCCACCAGAGGAUGCAACAAACCAAACACCAGCAGAAAAUCCAACAAGCCCAGUGCCACCAGAAAAUCCAAAAAGCCCAGUGUCACCAGAAGAUCCAACAAACCAAACACCAGCAGAAAAUCCAACAAGCCCAGUGCCAGCAGAAGAUCCAACAAACCAAACACCAGCAGAAAAUCCAACAAGCCCAGUGCCAGCAGAAGAUCCAACAAACCAAACACCAGCAGAAAAUCCAACAAGCCCAGUCCCAGCAGAAGAUCCAACAAACCAAACACCAGCAGAAAAUCCAACAAGCCCAGUGCCAGCAGAAGGUCCAAAAAGCCCAGUGCCAGCAGAAGAUCCAAAAAACCAGACACCAGCAGAAAAUGCAGCAAACAUGGCACAAACAGAAGAUCCAAGAGACCAAACACCAGCAGAGGAUCCAGCAAGCAUGGCACCAACAGAAGGUCCAAAAAGAAUGGCACCAACAGAAGGUCCGACAAGUGCAGCACCAACAGAAGGAGCUACCCCUGUCCCAAGAAAGACACCUGCUCCAAUGAAACCAACAAAAAAACCUACUCAACCCAGUAAAGAAAAGAACGAUAUAUCUGAAGUAAAGGAAUCUCCCAAGGAUCCUGUUAUCAUUUCUCCAAUCAGAGUGACAGAAAAGCCUCUUAAACCUUCAUCAGACCAAAAUGGCAAAACAGAUCAUAUUUUAGACUAUCAAUCUGAUGAUUAUGACAGUAACCUCUGCAGUGGGCGUCCAGUCAGUGGUCUGACAACACUCAGAAAUGGCACUAUUGUGGUGUUCAGAGGACAUUAUUUUUGGACUCUGGACAAACAGAGGAAUCCUGAUCCUCCUCAGUUAAUUACACGAGUGUGGGGAAUCCCAUCUCCCAUCGACACUGUCUACACCCGCUGCAACUGCCAGGGAAAAACCUACUUCUUCAAGGGAAAGAGCUACUGGAGGUUUGAGAAUGGCGCGAUGGAUCCUGGCUUUCCUAAACCCAUCAGCGAGGGCUUUGGACAGAUUGGUCAUAUCACAGCUGCUUUGUCUAUACCAGAGUAUAGAAGCAGAAAAGAGUCGGUCAUCUUCUUCAAAAGAGGUGGAAUGGCUCAAAAGUACACAUACCAGGUCACUCCAGACUGUGGGAGAAGGCCAAAAAUACCAGUAAUCACAGUGAGGAUGAGGACAAGAAGACAAACAGCUGCAGCACUGGGGCAAGUGAUCAACAUCUCACGAACCUGGAGAGGAUUUCCAACCAUGGUGACCUCAUCUGUGUCUGUACCCUCCAGGGUCAAAGAGGGAUACAAAUACUAUGUUUUCUCUCAAAGAAACUAUUACAGCAUGAAAAUGGAAAGAGAAAAACCAGUGAUCUUAAAACCUGUAACAGGUCCAAAGGAAAACCCAGCGACCAGCUUCUUCAAAUGCAAAGACACUCAGAAAAUCUGAGUCAUUCAUCUCCUUACCUCCUGCCAUUUACAGUAUAUUUACAUGCAUUUGUCUAAUAUGCAGUGGAAAACAACCUAUCACAAAAAUAACUUUCUUCAAAACAAUUUUAUUUGAUGGAUGUAGAAUCAUUAAAAAUAACAAUUAUGGAUUGCUCAGAGCAUAAAACUAACAAACAACAGCUAUAAUACACUGACUUGAAGUCCUGAAGCAGAAUAAAAGCACAGCUGUUCUUGUGGAGGCAUUAGCUCAGGAUGAAGACUGCUGGGAUUGUGCUUCAUCUGGCAAAGCGUCCUCUCACACCCAUGACGCUCAGUCCAUCUACAGCAAGAAAGAUGUCAAAUUUUACAAAUUACUUUGUAAAUGCAGCCGGCUUAAAAAUGAAAAUGUAUAAAGAAUGAAGGAAAUAAAAGUUUGAGAAAUUAACAAAUAAGAAACAAAAGUCUUACCCCUCUUCACAAUGCUUCUAGAACCUCGACUUCCAGUCCACUGUCUGCCAGAGCCGCUUCUGGCUUUAGGAGGCUGAGAGCUCGUGUCUGAGAGAAAAGAGAGAGACAAACAGUUAGUGAAACAGAAAUAAGAGAUUGCAGGUGGUUUGUGUAAUUUUAGUGUGUCUGUGUGUUCCUACCUGCUGAACUAGAUGAUGGUUCCUGGCUUGUAGAAGGCAGACUGGCAUCAUCUGAAGGCUGCGCUGCUUCUUCUGCCUCAGUCUGAGACACGGCCUCAAGUGAAGCUUCAGCACUGCACAAACAUUUAUCAAAGUUCCCAUAAAUACUAAUAUAUAUGGAUUCUUGUUAUGGCAAAAUCAUAAAAGAACAUUUUGAAAAGUCUCGAAACUUAAAAAUCUGACCUGUCUCCUGCAUCCAGGAACAUGUCGUCUCUCUCCUCCACUGCUGGAGCACUGAGGCCUGGUGUAGAGGUGCUCACCAUCGGCACAGACUGAGAAGCAUGUUCACUUGCUUCAGAUACAGCAGCCUCUGAGAGAAUCGUCACUGAAUGAAUAAAAAAGCAGAAUAUCACAGUUAAAGCCUGCUCAGAGUGCAUUGAUCUGAGCAGUUAAAAUGUACUCUGAUGGCUACUUAGGAAACAUGUGGCUUGAGUAAGUUAAACAUUUCUCCAGUAGGGGUGUAACAGAUCACGGUUGAUGCAUGAUUCGUACGGAUCAUUCGUGAGUUUCUGUGAAGGUGUUGGUCUAUUAAUUUGUGGGUUAUUAAAGGUGUUUUCUGUCACACUCAUUGUUUAGCCUGCAUUAAUGCAUUCGGUGUAAGCUGCGUGAUUAAUCAAUGAAAGAUCAGGAUCUCAACACCCACGCAACAAAUUAUAAAUGAUGGUGAUUUGCAUAUGUUUAUUAAUCAAUCCAAUCACUGCAUUUAUUUAUGUGUUUGAAAAACACAAAAAUCAGUUACAAAGUAAUGAAGUUACAAACUGUCAAAUAACACAGAAGAUUGUAGGAUAACAGUUUAUAAUUUAGAUAAAACCACUGAUGUUUAUGGUAAAGAUUACAAUCACCAUCAUAUGCCUUUCACAAUGCUCAAAAAUGAAAGUUGUAAGCAGCAAUUACAUUAUUUAACCAAUAGGUGGCAACAACCAGCCAUCAAAAAUAUGCCACUGACUAAUUCUUAUAUUAUCAAACAUGAAGUUUUAUGAGUGAAUAACUGAAUCAUUUAUUGAAAAUGAGACUAAAAAUAAAUAUGAAUAGAGUGGAGGAACUAUGACGUCAAUUUGUAUGCAAAAACCCGGAAGCCAGUUAAUAUUUAGCAAUUCUGGUUCCCUCGUCCCAAAGUCAAUGGGAUUUCAGUUAAAUCGCUUAAAUAGGUCCGUGGCUAACACAAACUCAAGAUCCUUUCACGUUUUAUUCUACGACAUAACACAGUUACAUCACACUCUUGAGUUUUUAAAUCAGUUGUGCUUCUUUUAUAAGACGGUUGCUAUCAAGUUGCUAAAUGGGACUACAGGCGGUGUCGGAGACAUUAUAUGUCAUCGAGCUGAACUGGUCUGGAACGCAGCUCGCUUGUGUUGGGCAUUUGGAUUAGUCUGUUAUUUAAGUAUUUUCAUGAAUAGUAUUUCAUAGUUUGUAGUAGGAAUUCAUAUUGUGUGUAGAUAAUGCCUUCACUUGUAAAGACUGUCAAAACAGAUUCAUUUGUUGAUAUUUUAUUUUGAAUAAACGAUAUUAUGGGGGAUACAGCUUA